CUUGGUCUGCAUAAAAAGUCAGUCUCACUUUGAUUUCAUGUCAUUUCAUAUCAUCGCUCCCACGAAAUUCUUCUUCUUCACCCAACUGCUACUCACGGCAAUUACACUUUGGUCUCUCUCCCUCUCUUCCUCUCAAGCUCAAGCCAGUGUUGACAUUACAUCACAUUUUUACAGACCAACAAAGGUACAUGAUUCUUGACCAGUGUUUCGUUGAAAGCUAAAGAAAGCAUUUUACUGCUGGAGAAUUAUGGGAAGGAGAAGGGAUUUAUAUCAGUCCAAGCAUCCAUUUAAUGAAUACCCUUUUGAGGCUUUGUGCGCGGGAUCAUGGCAACCUGUGGAAUCAAUAAGAAUUAGCCAUGGAAGAAUGAUCAUAUGCACUGUUGAUGACCGGUAUGCAAUUGAGGAAAGUGGACCUUUCACUAACGUACGGAUAAAGUCACGCCAAGCAACUUUAUCUGACUGUACCUGCUUUUUGAGGCCUGGGGUGGACAUAUGUGUGCUUUCUCCUAGUGAAAAAUCAAAUGGCUUUGGAGAACUUCAAGAGCCUGGGUGGGUUGAUGCACGAAUAAGUUCGAUUGAGAGGAAGCCUCAUGAAUCUAGAUGCUGCUGUCAGUUCUAUGUGAAAUUGUACACUUCCAAAUGUCCUCUUGGCUCAGAAAAAGGAGUACUUAGUAAAGAGAUUACUUUAGUAGGAAUAGAUGACAUCUGCAUCCUCCAAAGACUCGAUUCUAAAGAUUUCAAAAGCCAGCUAUAUCGGUGGACGUAUGCCGAGGACUGCUCUUUAUUGCAGAGAAGUAAAUUGCUUCUAGGAAGAUUCUUAGCCGACAUUUCUUGGUUACUUUCCACAUCAGCCCUGUAUCAGAUCAUUUUCAAUGUAAGGUCACUGCACAAUAAGAUUGUCUACGAAAUAUUUGGUCGUGAUGGAAGAGUCUCUUUCAAUACUGACAAUAACUUGAGAACCUUGAACUUCAAAGUCGAAAAUGAAGUUAUGAUUCCUAUUGUAGUCCAGCACGUUCCAACGAAAACAAGUGAGGCAGGUAUUGCUUUUGGAGAACAUGAAUCAGUGCUCGAGCUCUUCUCAGAUGUUAUGGACUUGAGACGCUCCAAACGUAGAAACAUUCAGCCAGAGCGUUUCCUCGGAUGUGAUGCAUCCCAGUUAAACAUUUCCUCUCAUACUACAGGGCUAUACAAGGUUGAUAAAUGGAACAGUAUUGAAGAAGAUACUCUUCCUGGUUUGCAAAGCUAUACUCUAAUGAUGAACCCUGCAGACAUGCAACAACAAGUGCUGUCAAAGCUUUACAAGUCUAGGUACCAUGGAGAUCCUCGUGAGCUACAGCUUUUGAUUACACUUGGCUCCAUACAUCCUUGGCUGGUCAAAAAUGCUUGCUGUGCCAGCAAAUUUUUUAGCAGAGAUGAACUGAUGCCGCUAGAAAAGCACAAGUUUGAUAUUAAAGAACCAAAAGUGAAGUUCGUCCUUAGCCUUGCGUAUCUCGUUUUUCAGAAGGAGAAGGUUUUGAUCUUUUGCCACAACAUUGCCCCCAUACAUUUAUUUCUCGAAAUUUUCGAGAACAUUUUUGGGUGGCGGAAGGGAAAAGAAGUUAUGGUCCUCACAGAAGGUCUGGACCUUUUCAAGCAAGAGAGAGUGAUUAAUCAGUUUCAGGAGCCCGGUCAUACCUCAAGAAUACUUCUUGCCUCUAUGGACUGUGCUCAAGGUAUCAGUCUGACCGCAGCUUCCCGGGUGAUCUUACUGGAUUCUGUGUGGAACCCGUCAAAAACCAGGCAGGCCAUUACACGGGCCUUUCGGCCUGGUCAGCAGAAGGUGGUUUAUGUGUACCAGCUUCUGCUGGUCAACACCCCGGAGGAAGAAAUGUAUUGGAGGAUCGCAUGGAAGGAAUGCGUGUCAAGCAUCAUUUUUAGGAAGGCAUUUGUGGAGGACCCCUCUUGUUGGCAAAGAAACAAGCUCGAGGACGAGAUAUUGAGAGAAAUGGUGGAGGAAGACAAAUCGAAAUCCAUUCAUGCGAUUAUGAAGAAUGAGAAGGCUUCAACAAACUAAUGAAAGUGAACAAGUGGGAAUAAUCACAAGUAGGUGCUACUGCUGCUAGUAACCAGCAUCAAUAUUGUAUGAAUAAUCCAGAAGAAGAAGAGGAGGAAAAACAAAGAGAAGACAAUCGACGGGUUGCUCAAGGUGUUUUGGCAAGCUCUCUGAUGAGAGCUAAGCCUUUGCUUUAAUAGAUUGCAAAAGCAUCGUGUUGUCUGCAUUAUUGCCGUGUUUUUUAAUCUUGUAUCUGGAAGAACUUAUUGACUGGGAAAAUGACAAUGUUGUACAGUGUAGGAGUAAAAAGACUUCGGCAAAAGGUGCAGAGGAGGCUUUCUAGGCCCCAGUUUGGCGUUGAAUAUUAUUGAUCAAUCGUGGGACUAUGGUAGCUUUUUGAAUUAUCUGUGAGUAAUUCAGCCUAUCAAGGGUAUUCUAUGAUGAUGAAACAGGUCUUGAACCUCGGCUCGUUAAAUAGAUAAACAAUCUGAAAAGGAAAUGUUUGCUUA